UAUUUCUCCAUAAAAAUCACAAAAAGUACCUGAAUCUCCUUUAAAAUUAAUGAAAAAUGUCAAAAACCGAGGCGAUAAAUGAAAAUUUAUCAGCUUUUUGUCGAAUUUGCUUGAAAAUACCAAAUUCCCGACAGAUAACUGGCCUUUUUGAUACUAAAGAAGACAUCAUUCCAGCAUCAGUUAUUUCGAAUUUAGCCAAUAUUGAGGUCUUAAAAGGAGAUGAACUGCCUCAAAAUCUUUGUAAUGUGUGUUGGAAGCGAGUUUCAAGCACUUUGGGCUUCGUCAAAGAAAUUCAGGAGAGCGAUAAAUGGCUGAGAAUGCAAUUAAAAGUCAAAUCUGAGGCGGAAGAGGCAAUUUUAGUGGAAAAUAUCAAAGAAGAAGAGCCUUUCGACAUUGUUGAAGAUGAAAUUUUCGAAAAAAAGCCCAAACCAAAGUCAAAAUCUCAUCAAGAGCCGCGUUGCUGUAUGUGUCGCUUCAUUUGUUCGUCCCCUGAAGCUCUCGAGCAUCACGUAAAAACAUCACAUCCGGACCCAAAACACAAAAAUAUCGAAAAUCACAAAGCCAUCACGUGCAAUUUUUGCUACAAAGGCUUCCAAAAUCAUCGUUCCUACGCGGAUCACUUCCGAAAACCCUACAUCGAUCGUGUUCAUCAGUGUUCCCAAUGCGGACAAACUUUCGCCUAUGCCAGUGACUUGCAGCAUCACGAAUUAACUCACGUCGAAACGAAAAAUAUCGAAUGUCCCGUGUGUCAAAAACGUUUCCGGGCGCCCAAAAACCUGCGACGUCACAUGAAAACGCACGACGACUCGAGCAAAAUGCGAUGCGAUUUGUGUGGCGCCCUUUUUGCCGAAAAGAAACAACUGGAAUAUCACAUAAAAUCGCAUAUUAACGCGCGGGAUUGCUUGUGCACGGUUUGCGGCAAAGGAUUCGUUCACAAUAAUUUGCUGAAACUUCAUAUGAGGAAACAUACGGGCGAAAGACCUCACAAAUGCGAUAUUUGUGGCAAGGCUUACAAGCAUAAUACGGAUUUGAGACGACAUAAGUACGAGCAUGAAGGCGUUAAACCGUUCAAAUGUGGAUUUUGUGAGAGAACUUUUUAUCAAAGGUCGAAUAUGAAGGUGCAUGAACGAGUUCACACAGGAGAUAUGCCAUUUUCGUGCAGUUUGUGCGGACAAAAGUUCAAGUUUUAUGCGCAUUGGAAGACGCACGAGAAGAAACAUCAAGAGAGAGUGACGGAAAUUAUGGUUACGAGUUGAAAUGAGAUAUUA